UUUUAGAAUUAAUGAAGUGAUGAGGGAAGAAGCUGCUGCUGUAUCCACUAAGGUGUACUAUUAUUUGGACGACAGUACUCCAUAUUUAUCUGUAGUGCCCGUUGCAGACGAUGUUAUUACGCUUGGAGAUUUUAAGAAAGUUUUCAACAAAAAAGGGUACAAAUAUUUCUGCAAACAGCUGGACGAAGCAAUUGGAUGCGAAGUCAAAGUAGAAAUCCGAGAUGACUCGACGAAGUUGGUCAAAUCAGCGAAUGGACUUAUUGAAUUGGUUCUGCUUCUCUCAUUCGAGAACAUUUAUUGUUCAGGAACCUUACCUAGAGCAUCUAACAAAACUAGCAAAGGACAGCUCGCUAGUGCUAAGUUGAAGAAUUUCAAUUUGAGAAAGCGAAGAUCCUUGCAUGAUCUAGCUAGUGAAAAUCGUGAUUUGUUGCGUGCACAUCGGAACAAAAGUGAUGAAAACAGCAUCACAACGAGCAGUUUGUCGACAGUGAUUAGCAAAAGAGCUGGCGAAGGUUUGGCAGAAUUAUAUGCUUCCAAUUCAGAAGAUCCGUACCAUGUGGAAGAUGUGAAUUCAAGAUAUUUCAAACAUCCUGGUGCUUGUACACCAUUCUUUCCUACUUUACCACUUGCUAAUCCUAGUGGGAUACCUCUAUGUCCUCGCCGUCAAAGACGUCCUCGUAAAGAAAGAUAUCGAAAAGCAUAUGUACCGAGUACUAUUUCCUCAGUAACUGAAAGCAGCAUGACUUCUCUUUCACUUCCUCGAAUCGAUGUUGUAACUCUGCCUAUGAAAAGUGGAGUUUUCUUGGGAAUUUCAGUACUAAGUCAUGAUGGUGGCAUUUUUGUUAGCGAUAUUCACAAUGGUGGUAUAGUUGAUAUGGAUGGUCGAAUUCAAGUUGGUGAUCAGAUUGUACAGGUGAAUCGAAGUUCAUUCGAAAAUUUAAGCGACGUUGAAGCGAUUGAUCUACUACGUAAAGCAGCAGCUAGUCGAAGACCAAUCACGCUUUAUGUUGCCAAAAGAAUAUGCAGCAAUUCAGAUAAGCAAGCAGAUAUACUCUCAGGGAUUGCUUCAGAAACCAUGCCCAUUGAUGUAUCGCUUUGGGUGGAGAGCACUAAACACAAUAUUGUGAGGCCAGCAAAGGGUCUUGAGGAGAUGGUUUCGGUUAAUGAUGGCGACGCUAUACUUGUUGCUGAAGAAACUGAGACUGAUCUAGAAGGUGCUUAUGCAGAGCGACGAAACGGACUUCCUCCAAGCAAUCGGAAUUGUGUGAAAUUAAAACAGUUAAAUUCACCCAACUUGAAUAUUUCGUUGAAUAUCGAGGAUAUUGCAAGACGACGAGAAAAUGAAGAAAAUGAACAGCAGUUGGAUAAUCUGAAUGUUGAUAUGGAUCCGGUGAUCAUUCUAAAAUAUAUGGCCUUACCCAAUUCGGGGUUACAAAUAAAGAAUCGAAAAUGGCUGAAAAUUCCUGUGCCGAUGUCUUUCAUUGGCUGUGAUCUUAUUGAUUGGUUAAUGGAACAUGUGCAUGGCAUCACGGAUCGUAAAGCAGCACGUAUCUAUGCAUCAAAGUUGUUGGCAGAGGGACAUAUUAGACAUGUUGUUAAUAAACUUACAUUUACGGAAAAGUGCUAUUAUAUUUUUGAAGAUUCAAUACUUUCUGUUCGUAACAAAAAUAAGUCAGAUUCUUCACUGGGUAAGGCCGGUGCUGAAGUUACCACUGAAGUGACAUAUGUUGGUUCACCAGCACCAGCACAUCUAUCUCGUACUAGUGCACGAAAUACUUUGAGUGGAAAAGCCAUGCUUGAUCAGUCUUGGCCUCACUCAACGGUUGUCUCAAGUGGUCAGCGAAAAAGUUUUUGCGAUAGCUCAACGAAUGACUAUGCAUCCGUCAUGGGUCCAGAUGUGAUUGAUUCUGCGCUUCUUACUGAGGCACCAACACUUAAACUAUCACACCAUGCACUUCCUGAUCGUCUGGAUGUGGAACAACGGAUUGAUGGAUGUCAAGUUGCUCAACCACCGAAUACACCGAAUUCAUUGAUGCACGAACAAAGAAAUGCUGAUAGCGAAACUGAAUUUGAAUUAGUUGAAGAUAACAAACUUUUAAUCGUGCAGUAGGUAGGAAACAAAUGGAUUUAAAAUAAAAUCUAUAACUAAGAAAGUCAAAAAACUUCUGAACAAAUGUUGCGAGCGUUUUUCUUAGAUGUUUUUGUUCUAAGAAAGAGAUUCUGAAACUGUUGUAGUUUUUAGACGUUUUUUUUUACUUCUGAUUUUAUCUCAGUUUCAAUUCAUGACAUGUGCAUUAUGUUAUUAGAAUGAAGCAACCGAUAACACUUCGUUAGUACUGUGUUUUUGGGCAUGCAGUACACAUAACAUGUGUACAUACUGUAUAAUCUUGCACUGCUGUCGUAUAUAAAAUUCUAUUUUCGUUUUGUAUAUCAGUUAUCACAUUUAAAUCUAAACUUAUUUUGGAAUAAAAAUCAUCAUG